UCACUUGCCGAGCGAUUAAGAAGAAGCUGGCUGCUCUCCACCUCAAGCACGGAGCGGCACUCGGGGGGGAAGGGGGGACGCCGUACCACAGCCCUCCCCCUCUGCCCUCCUACCGCAUUCACUUGCAAAUCCCUGCCCGCCCGGAGGAGCCCUCUCCGCGCCCGCUCCGCGCCUCCCCGGCCCCAGUGCGGCAGCUCCGGCAUCCGCAGCGCCGGGGGCAGGAGCGCUGCGUGUGCGAGUGUGAGCGUGUGAGGCAGUGUGCGCGGGUGCGUGUGAGUGUGCCAGCGGUGUGCGGGCGUGCGGCACUGCCUGCGCGCCUGCCGGGGAGGCGAGCGGGGAGGGAGGAGUUUGGCGCUCCCCCCCCUUUUUUUUUUUUUAUUAAUCAGGAGCACUGAAUGGAAACCAAUCAGCUAGAGAGCCCCCUCGGCUUGGGCUGCCUGCAUGCUGGAGUUAAAAAGUGCUGCUGGCCGAGCGGCAGCCCCAGUGAGAGGCGGGGAGGCUGAGCGGCGGCGAGAAGGGGCAGGAGAGCUGCGCUGCCGCCGACCCGGCCGAGGCUCGGCCCCUGCAUCUCUGCUUGCGGAGAUCCUUUGAGACGGCAAAGACUAUUUAUAGAAGGAAGACGGCAUGAGAUUGGAUUCGGAGAAGUAAAGUAGGUUAGCUUGAGGACAAGACAAAAACUCAUUAUUUAAACCAUCUCGUGUUGCCAUGAUGAGAACUUACCAUUGCUUCUGGCUGCUGUUUUGGGCUGGUCAGCCCCACCAAAGUUUCUUAACUCCAUUACCCAAAAGGACUAGUGGCUUUCCAGAAAAGGAAAAGGUUUUGGUAUUGUCUGGAAACAGUAGGAGAGACCUCCACCGUUCCAAAAGGAGCUGGAUGUGGAAUCAGUUCUUUUUACUGGAGGAAUACACAGGAACUGACUACCAAUAUGUUGGCAAGCUGCAUUCAGACCAGGAUAAAGGAGAUGGAUCACUUAAGUACAUCCUUUCUGGAGAUGGAGCAGGAGACCUCUUCAUUAUCAAUGAAAACACUGGUGACAUCCAGGCCACAAGAAGACUAGACAGAGAAGAAAAGCCUGUAUACAUACUCCGUGCCCAGGCUGUAAACAGAAGGACUGGAAGACCAGUGGAACCAGAAUCUGAGUUCAUCAUUAAGAUCCAUGAUAUCAAUGACAAUGAGCCAAUGUUUACAAAGGAUGUUUACAAUGCCAGCAUUCCCGAAAUGUCAGAUGUUGGUACCUUUGUUGUGCAAGUCACUGCAACCGAUGCUGAUGAUCCCACAUAUGGAAACAGUGCUAAAGUUGUCUACAGCAUUCUCCAGGGACAACCAUAUUUCUCUGUCGAAUCUGAGACAGGCAUUAUUAAAACUGCUUUGCUAAACAUGGACCGGGAAAACAGGGAACAAUACCAAGUGGUCAUCCAGGCCAAGGACAUGGGAGGCCAGAUGGGAGGAUUAUCGGGAACCACCACCGUGAAUAUCACACUGACUGAUGUAAACGACAAUCCCCCUCGCUUCCCCCAGAGCACAUACCAAUUCAGAGCUCCUGAGUCUAUGCCAUCUGACUCACCAAUUGGCAGAAUAAAAGCUAAUGAUGCUGAUGUGGAUGAAAAUGCAGAGAUUGAAUACAGCAUCACCGAGGGGGAUGGAUAUGACAUGUUUGGAAUUACCACAGACAAGGACACACAGGAAGGAAUCAUAACUGUCAAAAAGGCAUUAGAUUUUGAAAAUAAAAACCUGUAUAUUCUAAAAGUGGAAGCUACCAAUACUCAUGUGGACCCUCGAUUCCUCUACCUGGGGCCAUUCAAGGACUCAGCUACAGUCAGAAUUCAGGUUGAAGAUGUAGACGAACCCCCUGUGUUCAGCAGACCAGCUUACAUAAUGGAAGUGAAAGAAGAUGUUCCAAUAAACAGCGUAAUAGGAACAGUAACUGCUCAGGAUCCAGAUGCUACCAAGAACCCUGUCAAGUACUCUGUAGAUCGACACACUGAUAUGGACAGAGUAUUCAACAUCAAUUCAGGAAAUGGUUCGAUAUUUACUUCAAAACCCCUUGACCGGGAAACACUGCUAUGGCACAACAUUACAGUAAUAGCAGCAGAGAUCAACAACCCAAAACAAAGUAGCCGUGUCCCAGUAUUCAUUAAAGUUCUGGAUGUAAACGACAAUGCUCCCGAGUUUGCCAUGUUUUAUGAGACCUUCGUCUGUGAAAAUGCAAAGGCAGAACAGCUGAUACAAACAUUAAGUGCUGUUGAUAAAGACGACUCUUACAGUGGACAUCAGUUUUCAUUCUCCUUACCUCCUGAGACAGCCAGCAGCUCCAACUUUACAUUACAAGACAACAGAGACAACACGGCAGGGAUUUUCACACGAAAAACCAGAUAUAACCGACAUGAAAUGAGUACCUACUUCUUGCCAGUGGUAAUAUCAGACAAUGACUACCCUAUCCAGAGCAGCACUGAAACAGUGACUAUUCGAGUAUGUGCUUGUGACCAUCGAGGAAAGAUGCUGUCGUGUAAUGCAGAAGCCUUGGUUCAUCCUACAGGUCUUAGCACAGGGGCUCUUAUUGCCAUUCUUCUCUGCAUCAUUAUACUACUCGUUACAGUGGUGCUGUUUGCAGCACUGAGACGGCAGCGGAAGAAAGAGCCUUUGAUUAUUUCCAAAGAAGACAUCAGAGACAACAUUGUCAGCUAUAACGACGAAGGUGGUGGAGAGGAAGACACCCAGGCAUUUGAUAUCGGCACACUGAGGAAUCCUGAAGCCAUAGAUGACAAUAAAUUACGCAGAGACAUUGUGCCAGAAACGCUUUUUAUGCCGCGGCGAACUGCAACAGUGCGAGAUAACGCAGAUGUCAGAGAUUUCAUUAACCAAAGGUUAAAGGACAACGAUACAGACCCAACGGCACCCCCAUAUGAUUCGUUAGCAACCUAUGCGUACGAAGGUAACGGUUCUGUGGCCGAAUCCCUCAGCUCCUUGGAGUCAGUGACUACGGAAGGAGAUCAGGACUACGAUUACCUCAGUGACUGGGGCCCUCGGUUUAAAAAGCUGGCAGAUAUGUAUGGCGCAAUGGACAGUGACAAAGACUCUUAAUAUGUUGCCUUUUUUUCCCCCCUUACUUGUUUUCAGAAACAGCAUCGAGAUAAGUGAAGUGGCUAUUUCUUUCUAUUUCUCCACAGCUGUGUGAAAUUCUACCUGUUCCAGUUGUGUAAUGACUGCAGCCCGUGUGGAUCAGCUGUCAGAAAACUUUUUCUAGUAUCAUUAUAUGAGCUUCCAAGAGGCAAAAUUCUUAUUUUUUAGUGCAUCCAGUUUACCCAGCCAAUCUUAAUGGCAUGGCAGCGAUGAAAGGGAAAAAAAGGAUCAGAUGGGGAGCAAUAUUUUUACUUAUUCUGCUUAUAUUGUAAAUUGGAGUAUAUUACUGUUUAAGGUCACUUGCUCUUUUUACUUGUAUUCAGACUAUUCAGCUCAGACGACUGCUCUGUCAAUUGUGUAUUGCACAUCCCAAUGUAAUGAGAUACCCUAGUUUACCUUGUGUAUUAUAGUCAAAAGUAGUGGUGAUGGAAUGAAGGUUUAUUAUAAGAGUAAGCUGAGAAAAAAAAAAAAACCAGACAUACCAGUAUUUUAUUCAUAAAGAGGGUAGAAAGGUCUAAUGGUCAUUCAAAUCUAAGUGUUUUUAUAGAGCUCGUCCUUGCCCCCAAUGCACUGAAUCAUACUAACACAUACAUAUAGAGUUCAUUGAUUUCUACGUGUAUAUUCUUCUGACCUAGCACUCCUGGAGAGAUGUGUGUGCAUGUGUCUUUGGUCAGCAGCCCAAAUGGGAUGGUUUCCUCGUUCUAACCUAGAUUUGCCUUGUCAUAUAAGGCAAGUCACCUAAUCCAGCUCCAUAUUAGAUAAUGACUUUGGAGGAAGGAACAGAUCAUAACUGUGCUCUUCUUCAUACUUCUUUGGUUGGCCUCCUCUUGCACAUCAGUUCAGCAAUGGCCACUGUGCAGGGGAGGUGGCAGUCAGACUUAAUACUUAACUACUGCUUGUUCUCAUGUGCAUGAGAGUAGAAGUCUCAAAAGGACUACCAUCCUGUGGGGCAAAAAGAACUGCAAAGGAGGAAAGAGUUCUUUUCUUGUCCUAACAUUCCCUGCUCGAUGCCUAGGAUGGCUUCCUGAUUUACUUUCUGCCCAGUUUUGCUAUCUGUAAAGUGGGGAAAUAAUGCCUACCUCAUCAGGAUGUUUUAAGAGUUACAGAAGUCAUUUGGAAAAUGCUUUAGAGAUUGAAAAUGCUGGCAUUCUACAGGAGGAAGUAAUUUCUCAUGCUUUUGGGUGGUCAUUUUCCCUUUUUUUUUUUUUUUCUCCUUCCUUUCCUUUCAGAUUCAAGCCCUGAAUGCACAAGUGAGAAUCAAUAAUCAUUCCAGUGGCCUGAAAAUUAGGGUUUGUAACUACAACUCAUUUUAUAAAUAAACUAUUCAGACAGGGUUCUUAAAGACUUCAACAAAAGGUAAAACUUCAAUCACAAGUCUUUCUCUGUGUAUAUCUCUUCCUUGCCAAGCUAUUUUUGUCCAGAAGUGGGGUGGGUGGAAGAUGCCAUAGUUUCAGGCUAAACCAGUUUUCUUUAGGCUUGUGUACCACUCAGUAUUUCUGUUGGUUUGUCAAACACACACAGUUUCUCCUCAUCAAAUGCAGCCAGCUAGGAGAGGCUUAAUAGAGAAAAUCCUAAAAGGCAGCCAUGGGACACAUUCAAUUCCAGAAGCUAAAAGUUGUACUGUGUCCCAAAGCAAGGAUGCCAUCUAUGAUACUGUGCCAAGCAAAGAUGAAAUUUUAAAUGUUAUUUUAUUUUAACAUACCUCAUACACAACUAAUCUCAUUCAUUUCAUUUUGAAACAGUAUUUAAUAACAGAACUGCAGGAAUGGAUCUGUUUUCUUCCUCUUAACUGAAUCCAUUUGAAAACUAAACAGCUCAAAUUUAAGAAGAGAGAAGGGGAAAAAAAUAAUAAACAGCAAAUUAAAAGGGAUUAAGACUGAAUCCCUAGAACUCAUUACUCCUGGAGUUAAAUAAAGAACACGAUAUUAGACUUACACAAGCAUGAUGACUUGAUUUCAGGUUUUGCUAACCAGCUCACAGUAAAGAGGAUGAGCCUGUACUACAUGGCUGGAAGUUGGAAGGUCUUCAGAGCAAGGAGCAUAUUUGUGGGUCUAAGGCAAGUCAGCUAAUGGUUUGCAGAUGCCCAGCAUUAUAGAUUAGGUGGAUUUUCAGAGAGGGGGAGCCCUGAGUUUCAAAUGGUUCUGAGCCCCUGGUCUCACCAGAGGCCCCUCGCAGUGCUUCUGUCCAGCAGAACAAGGUCUCCGACCCCAUUAUUACGGUGGGCCUGAGGCUUUUGUGCCCAUUACAAUGGCACAGCUAGGCCCUUACUAUGUCUUAACAAAGGCCCCUUAAGAAUUUAAGAUUGUAAAAGCUUUUGAACAAGGAAAAAUGGGUACAAACUGGAACACAGUAGGUUCCUUCCCAACAUGAGCUGACACUUCUUUAUGGUGAGGGUGAUGUAGCACUGGAACAGACUGCCCAGAGAAGCUGUGGUGUCUCCUUCUCCAGAGAUUUUCAAAACCCACCAGGAUAUGUUCCUGCGUGGCCUGCUCUAGGUGAUCCUGCUUUGCCAGAAUAGUUGGAUGCGAUGAUCUCUGGAGGUCCCUUCCAGCCCCCUACAUCCUGUGAUUCUGUCGAAGUCCAGUCUUUCAUAGCUUCCUUGAAAUAAGAACCUGCAGGAGGCAACUUCUCCAAAACUUGUCUCUGGCACAGACGAGGGACCAUCUGGAUUUCAGGUAUGUGAAGGACCAGCAGCUGCCCAGGCACAACCUACCACAGGUCUCUCACUUCACGAGGGACCUCUUCAUACCAUCAGUGGAGACAGUACACCCCCUCGGGGUGAGGGUUUCAGAAUUGUUCCUAAACACAAGCGUGUGUCUCACUCUUGCUGCAUUGAGUUGCCUCAAGCAAACUGCCUUAAGCUCAGAGUCCAGGUUAAGCUAGUAAGCUGUCCCUUCCCCUCCUCAGACUCAAGGGAACAGAUCUAAAUCUGUGUGCAGAGGGGAUGGCAGAGAUGACUGUGAAAUCACACAGGUAUUUGGUCCUGCAAGCCAACCCUGGCUCAGAAGGAAGAGAGCAUCACUGUCACUUACUUCAUUGAAAACAAACUUUGCACCCAGAAAGUGCUGGGCUACCCUGCAGGUCAACUUACAUUACUCACUCUUUGAGGUGGAAUAACAAGAUAGGAGAAUCAUCAGUCUCCUUGUAACUACUUUUCUAUGGUUGUAUAGUAGUUUUGUCUGAUUGAGUGGUUGUUAGUAGCAGUCUAAGCAAAACUUUUAGAUUUUGGGGUUUUCUUUUAAUUUCAUUUUGUGUUUUUUGUUUUGUGGAGAUUUUUUUGUUUUAUUUUUCUAACUGAAAGAUGGUUUUAUCUUGUCCAUUCAGUGACACAGUAAAUAAUAGAGUGGCUACUUGUGCCUAUUAUGUAAGUAUAUAUAAAAUUAUGUUAUGUCACCACAAAUAUGGUGCCUGAAUAGCAAAUGAAUUAUUGUAAGAAAAUUCAAGGCAAACUUGCAUCCAAAUUAUUGUUUAUGCAUUUAUGUUUUAUGGUCUGUUUUUUCAUGCAAACCAGACAGAUUUAGCAUCUCUCACACAGCACAGGGGUUCAAUUCUGUCUUCUCCUCUUGCUUGGCAGUAUCACAAAGUGCAAUUUAUAAAAUCGUUACUGCGUAUUAAAUAUUUAAAGUGCCACAUCACAGUGAAUAGGGAACUUUGCAGUAUUUCUUUGCACUUUGCUGCAUGCCAGAUGAUAGAAAUGAGUAUUUAACAAUGCUUUUACACAGUGGUAGAUUCGUUAUUUACAAUGAACAAGUGUCAGAUUGAAGUGGGGCUUUAGGCUGUUCUAAGUCUGCUCUUUUUAUUACCAUACAUCUUUGAGAAGAAGAAAUAUUAUGAAGUUUAAGCCAGGUAGAGAGAUGAACAGUGCAGCUGGGUCUUAAUAUGGAAGAGCACAGGAGACCUAUUAAAAGAUUCCAAAGAAUUCAGUGGAGUUAAAAUGAUACAGGGGGUGUGUUUAUAUAACAGACUUUUCCAGUCUUGCAACUGCAGAAGCGUAACACUGCUACACUUGAAAUAGAGUAAGGUUUCUAGUAUAGCUGUUUCAUCCCAGCUACCAAAACAGAUACUUGAUCACAGAUUUUUUUUCCUCCAAAAGAGUUAUUAUUUCUUGUUUAAAUUGAUUCUAUCCCACAGCAGCACAUACCUCUAAUGCAGUUGUGCUAGGAUUUCUCUGCGUAGAUAGGUGCUUGGAAGAGAGCUGUGGCAGAAAUCUGUACCUGUACCAACAUCAGUACUUUCUAAAUUUGUCAUAAGAAACAGAAGUAUUUUUCUGACAUUUUCUAUUUUGCUAGUUGUCCAAUCUUACUUCAUUCUGUGGGCAGUUAUUUGCUAGGUCUUAAAUGUGAAUGAGAGAGGCAGCCUACAAAUGAUCCAGUUUUGUAAACAGCAGGCUACAUUACAUGGCACAACAUUUUAUUUCUUUGUCACAACUCCCCCCCCCCAAAAAAAAAAGUUCCACAAAACCAAACUGGCUAUCUGUAGUACCAUAAAAAGCAGAACAAUCAUGAAGAAGUCAAGCACGGAGAAAUGGCUUUGGGAAAAUAUGUCCAUACAUGCACAGGAUGAAGAAAAAGAAGUGAAAAAAAUAAUCUGGCUAUGAAGUCAAUCUAGGUGGCCAUGUUUCAAAACCUGAUUUGUGUUGAGCAGAGCCAACUGCACAGUCACUUCCAACGCUUCCAGGUUUCAUACAGCAACCAGAAGAACAGUCAUAUGGAUAGAAGACAGACAUCAUCCUUUUCAGACCAAGCACAUUAAAUUCAGGCCAUUUCGAUGCAGAUCUCAAGGAAAGAAAGUCCCUUGUGAUUACUAUUAAAACAUGUUAAAUUUUUGCAGCUCAUCUACCUUGAUGGCCUUUUGCAAGAUGAACUAUGGACAGUGAUUCUGAGCGGGUAGCUCUGCAAACACCACAUUAGCUCUUCCUGCCACCAACUCUUUUAAAUUUCUCCAUGUUUCCUUUGGUUGUAAGUAGCACUGAAACAUUUCACAACACCAGUGUCCCAACCGGAUGCUGUCAUCCCCUGCCCAUUUGUAUUUCAAUUACCACUGCAGUGUGAGCUCCCUUUUCAAAUCAAAGGUGGCAAAUUAACAAUCAUUAUGCAACUUCCAAUGAGUAUGAACUAUAUGGCAGAGUUUUUUCCCAACCCCUCUAGACCUAUUAAACGGCAGUCUACUCCAAUAAAUGUCAAAGACAUUCCAUUUUUUAUUUUCAGUUUAGUCUUCAGAAAAACUUGUUUCCUUAGAGGCUGUUUUUGUACAUAUGAAAGAAGAGGAACAAAAGCAUGUUUAAUGUCUACAGCCUCAUGACUGCUCCAGAAGGACAGAAAAAAACCACAGCAACCAACACAACCUCUUAAUGCCAGUCACUCCCCUCGGUAGUUUAUUUAGGCACAGCUGAAAUUAUCUCCAUCCUGCUCUUCAUUUUGCAAUAUUACACUUUCCAGCCCAGAUCGCAUUUGUCAUACACUAAACCCUUUACUAAACAAUUCAUAAGAUUCAGCAGUAGGUAUUCCAAAAGCCAUGAUUUGGGUUACAGAGAGUACAAGAGUUAGAGAGCACUAGAAGUAACCAGGAAACAGGAAAAAACCCUCAACUGCCGGGGGGAGGGGGUGAGGAAAUCAGUCACAUGCAAAGCAGGCGCAUGGCACUUAAGAGCCACAAAGCUGUCAUAUUAUGCGUAGAGCAAGUGGAUUUCAAAGUAGUUUUUACAGACCUGCUCUUACGUUGUUUUUCUGCAUGUAUCUCUUGCUUUCUUAAAAAAAAAAAAGAAAAAAAAAGGGAGCUGCUAACUUCAAAUUUCUCCUUCCAAAGUCAAUUUGAAAAUAAGGCAUAAGUUCAGCAUAUAGAGAAACCUUUUCCAAUCCCAUGGGGUUUUGACCUUUCCUAUGAGACUGCACUAUUUAUGUAAAUAUACCUUGAGACACUUUCUACAAGCUUUUAGUUUUCUAUGAUCUAUUACGUCAGUGUUUAUUAAAGAAACAAAUGUAUAGGAUUAUUAUGCAUUCAGGUGUACACAACAAAUAAACACCACUGCAAACACGAAAUUGUUCUGGAUUUUGACACACACACAAAAAACCUUUAGAAAAAAAAAUAAUCACUGUACUGUUUUAAUUCUGUGACUACUUUCAUUGCUUUGAAAAAUUAAACUGAAAUGAAAGGCCUUAUAAUAAAUGCUAUGUGCAUCUUAA